AUGCCGCUGGUGAAGAGGAACAUCGAGCCCCGGCACCUGUGCCGGGGAGCUCUUCCUGAGGGGGUGACAAGUGAGCUGGAGUGUGUCACCAACAGCACACUGGCUGCCAUCAUCAAGCAGCUGGGCAGUCUCAGCAGGCACGCAGAGGACAUCUUUGGUGAGCUGUUCAAUGAAGCCAAUAGUUUCUAUAUGCGGAUGAACUCACUGCAGGAGAGGGUGGACCUGCUGGUCAUCAAGGUGACACAGCUGGACUCCACCGUGGAGGAAGUUUCACUGCAGGACAUCAACAUGCGGAAAGCCUUCAAGAGCUCCACAGUGCAGAACCAGCAGGUUGUGUCUCGCAACUCCAUCCCCAACCCAGUGAUGGAGAUGUACCAGCGCUGCGACAAGCCCCCACCACUCAACAUCCUCACACCCUACAGGGAUGACAAAAAGGAUGGCCUCAAGUUCUACACUGACCCCUCAUACUUCUUCAAUUUAUGGAAGGAGAAAAUGUUGCAGGCAACAGAAGAUAAGAGAAAGGAGAAGCGCAGGCAGAAGGAGCAGCGGCUGGUGGAAGACUCCACCCGAGAGGUGAAGAAAGUGAGGAAAGCCCGAAACCGGCGCCUGGAGUGGAACAUGAUGGCGUAUGAUAAAGAGUUCCGACCCGAUAACAGGUUCUCACCAUCCCCCUAUCACAUGGCGUCAUCGGAAGGAUCACUGUCCCCAGACAAUAGAUCUUACGCAUCAGACGUGGCUGACCACUCGUACCCAGCAAGCCCCAACCACCCUGCACAGCUGCUGGCCCCAGCGUCCCACCUGGCCCCAGCUGAGCACAAGGAGGGGGUGCUGGUGGCUGCCACCCCCCAGGAGCACAUCUACCGCCCGGCAGCGGGCAGCCGGCAGAACAGCCUCAACCGCCUCCAGCAGCCCCACGCACCACAGCCCCCAGAAGCUGUCCUCAAUGGGCCAAGACCUCACUUAGUCAAGGAUUAUGGCCCGCAGCCAAUGCCAAUGGCAGAGUACUUCGUGCCUCCUGCCCCACCACCCCCACCUCCUAUCAUUCCCUCGGCUCAGACCGCCUUUGACAGCCCCAUCUCAGCUCCCCCUGCACUGGCUUCUGGCUCAGCUGCUCCCCCAUCCUAUGCACCCUCACCACCCCCUGCACCCCCUGGUCCCUACUCUGCUUCCCCGCCGCAAGCUGGCCCCAUGGGACCCCCGGUGGCCCCACCACCACCACCGCCUGGUCCCCCUGCCAUUGCCGCCUCACCUGCGCACUCGGCAUCGCCACCGGCGCCUGCCAUGGAGCCCCGGAAGCCGCAGAUCCCACUGAUGCCCAUGAGCGAUGCCCGGAGCGACUUGCUGGCAGCCAUCCGUAGGGGAAUCCAACUCCGGAAAGUCCAGGAGCAGUGGGAACAAGAGGCCAAAAAAGAGCCUGUGGGCAAUGACGUGGCGACGAUCCUGUCCCGCCGGAUCGCAGUGGAGUACAGCGAGUCCGACGAUGACUCCGAGCUAGACGAUAACGAGUGGUCAGACUGA